UGUGCGUGUGAGCAUUUCUUUCUUAAUGAGUGAGUGAAAUGUACUUCCGUGAUUUAACAGGUACUCAAGUGUAACUGUGCGGAAGACUUUAUGUCUAUAUCAUAUCACAAAAAACUACUGAGGCAGACUCCUUUUUGCAUUAAGGAUCACGCCCCACACUAGAGCAAUAUCUGCUGAGGGAACGUCGUGGAGACACCUUUUUUUGGAAAUACACUGGAGGAAGCACUUUUUCUCCGGUGAAGCCUCCGUCCCAUCGGCCCCUGCCCCUACCUCACGAUGUCUGGCUGUACCAGUCGCUGCAGACAGGGGGUGCUCAAAUUAAUCCAGUCCCUGCAGAGACUGGUCUCAGGAACCCUCACAAAAGAUAAAAACGAUGACGAGCUUGAGAUGACGAUGGUGUGUCACAGACCAGAGGGUCUUGAGCAACUGGAAGCCGUAACUAACUUCACCAAACAGGAGCUACAGAUCCUCUACCGUGGUUUCAAAAAUGAAUGUCCUAGUGGAGUGGUAAAUGAGGAGACGUUUAAACACAUUUACGCACAGUUCUUCCCUCAUGGAGAUGCAAGCAUGUACGCACAUUAUCUUUUCAAUGCAUUUGACACGACAAACAAUGGCUCCAUUAAGUUUAAGGACUUUGUAAUGGGGUUGUCUAUACUGCUGCGGGGGACUCUGAGGGAAAAGCUGGAGUGGACGUUUCACCUGUAUGACAUUAACAGAGAUGGAUACAUUAAUAGAGAGGAAAUGACUGAGAUUGUGAGGGCCAUUUAUGACAUGAUGGGAAAGUACACCUACCCUGCACUAAAAGGAGAUGUCCCACAGCAGCAUGUGGAUGCUUUUUUUCAGGUUAAAUAUAAAAAAAUGGAUAAAAACAAAGACGGAGUGGUGACUUUAGAGGAGUUUAUUAUAGCCUGCCAGGAGGAUGAAACCAUGAUGAGAUCCAUGCAGCUGUUUGAAAACGUGAUGUAGGACAAGCAGAGGGGAUGGAGACAAAGACACGGAAAAUGAGAGGGCUUGGUCUAAGUGUGUGUGUGUGGAUGCAUCUGUGCAAUACAUCCAGUCUCUCCUCCUCUUCCCUAUCUUAUCCGGCUGUGGUCUGGAUACAGCCAGAAAACCCCCCACAAAGACUUGAAUGAAGGGACUGGACUGGAAUGCUUUUAGCCUUCCUGUGGAGUUUAGCCGCACAAUACAAAGUGACUGAUGUGACAGACUUGGACGUGAACACAUCACUCUCAGUCACUCCCUGUCUUGAAGAUUGGCCUGUUAAAGAUAAAGAUCCUCCUGCAUUACAUGGCUGCUCCCAACCAGCGAAAAGCUAUUUGUUCAACCAGCGGAACUAAUUUUUUUUCUUUCCCAGAAGAUGUUCUUUUUUGCCAAAGCAUAAUUGCAUGCUUUUGCAAGAGCUUUUGAUUUAUCUACAAAACUUUGUCAGAUUUGUUAUGGGAGUUUGCCCAUAACGACUUCUAUAUUUAUCUCAUGCAUCUAGUGGUUGACAGUUAUGGCAUAUUUCAAAUUGGUUACACUGUUGCAGUGACCCCUGUACUUUUGUGUUGUCCUGGCUGUUGCUUGCCAGCUGAGUCGAUCUGAUGCUUAUUGUUUAGUGUCUGUCUAAAGCUUUCAGUAGAAAGUCAAACAAUUUUUAAAACAGUACAUUUCAUGGGUCUUAUAUGGUGUGUGUGUGAGCCCGUCUUUCUGUCUAUGUCGGAACUUAGGUUUUAGUGACGAGAAAAAAGAAGUGGAUCCAUCCUUUUAAAUUUUCACCUGCUGUUUUGCUUCUUGUGGUCAAAUCGGUGUUAUCAAGUAAUGUGAAAAACAUGCAUAAUUUGGGAUUUCAUGAUGCAGUGCAAAAUGAAGAUGCUGAAUAAGUAUGAAGAGACUAGAGAUCACAAAACCAAUAUCUUAACUUGCAUGUGUGAUCAAGGUGUGACUUGGAGAUGGCAACAAUGAUGCCAGUAGAUGUAUGUUGCAACCAUAUUAAUCUCUCUUAUAAGAAGAGUCAGAUGGUUGUUGCUCAACUCAAAAUUUUGAUGAAAUCCUGGUUUGAGAAAGUUGAGAGAAAGUCUCCGAUAAUCUGGCAGGGAAAUACCAAUGAAUGUCAGCUUUGGAAUGUGAUAUUUUGAUGACACGGAGGACAGCUCCAUCUGUAUUAGGGAACAUCUGGCGCCGCUUCCUCCAUCCAAACCAAAUCUGUGAUGUCACACUGACAUACAGGCACGGACGGAACAGGGCAACUCCUGCAGUUGCCUGCAGAUGGUUUUCUGUGAGUCAGGGUGCGUUUGAAAGCACCACCGAAAUAGAAAACUCACUAGCCUAUAGUAGUUUAAGCACUAAAAUAUUAAUCACUCUUCUUUUUGCCAUCAGCGGAGCAGCUCUUUGCUGUAUGGUCCAUGUGUGACAUCCCAGCUUCGGGUCUCUGAUAUCUUGGUUUGGAACAGAGUUGGUAUAUCUCACAAUAAUAAAAU